AUGACUGGGUCUCAUGCUUCCAUUGCAAAUGUCCCGUCAUUCUGGAUCUAUUCCUUACUGACCUGUCCAUGUCGCCAACCUGCCGCCCGAAGUCUAGGGGCAAUCGAUCAACGCUCCACUGCGAUUAUCAUUUGCAUGUCACGAUAUGUCAAACAUGGUAUCCGUACGGAUCAUGGAUAUCCUCACAACUCUCAGAGAAUCCGCUCUGGCCCUAUCGGCCUCGUUGAUUUUUCGGCUUUCUCAUUCGCAUCCCUGACGCCACGAAUCUGCCCUCGCCCUCCGGUCCCUCCCCCUCCAGAGACGUGCAACUUGAACUUCGAGUCUCGACCGCCGCGCCCCUCCCCCUCUCUGAAGUCUGAACCAUGGAUCAUGACCCAGAAUUCGCUAUCACGCAUCAUGCUAGACCUUGCAAGGCCUAUCGCUCGCUCGCUUACACUUACAGUUCACCGUCCUAGGCGUCACCGCCCUCAAGCAACCCCCCCCCCCCCCGUCGAUGUCGUGAACUGGCGCUUCCGGGGCCCUCGAACGGCAGGGACAAAAGCGCAAAAUCAACCGGGUUCCUAUCGAGCAUGUACAAAACCCUGGACUCUUGAGGGGCAUCACAUCGCUUUUCAAGCACCAACGAUGCGGUGA